GCUGCACCUGCGCGCGCCCCAGGUAAAUGAGUGACACGCUCGGCUUUACCGCUUUCUUAACAAAGCGGCCCGGAAGUGAUACAGGGAAAACGGCAUAGGCCAGAGAUGGACCGUUACAGGUAUUUCAUCUUCAAUCAGAAGAGUGUGGUGGUCCUCGGCAUCCUUCAGGUGGCGUGCGCGGGGCUUUGCGUGGUUUGCGGCUUUAUGGACGCAGUUUUCCGAAAGAGCACUACUUUGAGUGAAACUAGGGCUCCACUCUGGGCUGGACUGAUUAUGGCUGCACCUGGUGUACUUGCCCUUUUUGCAUCUCAGAAGAAAAACCCUAUUUUGGUAAACGCCAUGAUCGUCUCCUCUGUGGUGUCGCUUUUUGCUGUUGUGAUUGUCUUUGUUUAUGCCUGCAUCACUCUCAGCUACGGAGAGGAGGAUAAUGAGAUCUUCCAUGCCCAUCCUAUCCCUGAAGUGAGGGUUGUACUCAGCCGGAUGGUAAAAGGCGCAAACAGCACCCUUCUGGUGGCCUGCACGGGGUCUCUGCUCUUUUCUUCUCUGAUUAUAUACGUUGGCUGUCGCAGUCUGCCGCUUUGCGGCUGCUACAAUUCGGCAAAUGGCAUGGACUUUCUAGUUCCUCAGAAUGAUCCUGUUACUCCAACUGAACUCAUAUGCACUUGGCAAGAUGGAGAAGAGCGAAUCUUUAGCUCCCCCGUGUCAUUCAUGGAUCGCUGUCCUGAGCAGGAACAGCAAGACCUCUCCACACUUCCACCAUAUAGCAGACUAACUUAGUAAUUUUUUAUUAUGUGUGUGACUGGGCAAAAUAUGAAAUACUGGGAAAUUCAGUUCACUAAUUUGUGUGUAAAGUGUAAAAUGUCCAAAUUUCAUCGAGCUUGCUUGUUUCAAUUCUACUUAAAUGUGUUUCUUGAUGUUUAAGUUAUUAUCAGUGCCAUAUCGAUUUUAAAUUAUAUUUUAAUGUUUUUUUUCUACACACAUAUGCCAUCGCUUCAUACUUUUUUACAUCAUAGACUGAUAUUUUUUGCAUAAAUAAACCUGUAAUAUAUAUAUUAUUUUACAAUAAACAAUUAUUACAAAUUAAGAAUUCUAUACUAUUUGCCUCUUUAUGGAUCUAAAACUGCAACCUAUUGCUUUUAAAUGGAUGUUCAGACUAAUAAAACUAAUCAGAAAUUUCAUUUGGACUAUGCACUUCAUGUUGGCACCCAUCUCAAACACAAAACAGUAUUGUUUUUGAGAUGCGUUUCAGUUCAUUACUUUAAAAAGAAGUUCAUAGUCUAACGAGAAUUGAUUUCGCAUAUGCACUCUUUAAUUGGAUAAAUAAGGCACAACAUUCUUCUGAAGUUCAGAUGUGGGACUUUAUUUCUUAGUAAAACAUUAACUGUUAAAAUCAAAACCGUAACAAGCAAGAUUUCUUUUGCACUCCUUUGAUUACAGUAGAUGGAUGGUUUGUUUAUAUUGUUGACAUGGCUAUCACUUUCACUCAACUCACUAUCCAACAUUGAAGAUUUAAGUUGUAUCAGAAAAAUGAUUAGUAAAGAUGUUGUGCAUGCUUGAGUUCUGGCAUUGCACUGUUGACCCCUGAUAACCUACAUAAUUAACCUACAUGUAAUAAUAAAGUGUCACU